CGAUUUACUCGCGACCAAAACAUGGCCUCUCAUUUGGCGAAUAUCUUCGGUACUGAGCAGGAUCGUGUCAACUGCUCGUUUUAUUACAAGAUCGGUGCGUGCAGGCACGGUGACCGUUGCUCGCGAAAGCAUAUCAAGCCCGCCUUCUCGCAGACAAUCCUCCUGCCGAAUGUCUAUCACAACCCCGCGCACGACCCUGUUUGCAAGCUAACCGAGAAGGAGCUGCAGGAGGGCUUUGACGCAGUCUACGAGGACUUGUAUUGCGAGCUGGCGAAGUUCGGGCAUCUUCUCGAGCUGCACGUCUGCGACAAUGUCGGAGAUCACCUUAUCGGCAACGUGUACGCGCGGUAUGAGUGGGAAACUGAGGCACAGACGGCGGUGGAUAAUCUGAACGAUCGCUGGUAUGCAGGCCGCCCGCUCUAUGCCGAGCUAUCCCCCGUCACUGACUUCCGGGAGGCAUGUUGCCGUCAAAACGAGAACGGUGAAUGCAACCGUGGUGGCUUCUGCAACUUUAUGCAUCUCCGAUUAGCAUCAAAGGAUCUUGUUUCGUCCCUCCGUCAUGGUCAACGGCUAGAGAGGCGAAUGCACCCUCCAAAGGUUGAAGGUGGAGGAGGAUGGGAACCAUCGAGAAAAGAGAGUGUCAAGGGUCGCAGCGCUAGUCCCUCGAAGCGAGGAGGACGUAACGAGGGAGAAGAUCGGUGGACCCGCAAGUGAGACCGAUAAUCAUGCUGCUUUCUUGCUGUCAGAUUGUGGCUGUAGGCGAUGGCGCUGUGGCGUUUUGUCAUGAUAUGGAACCGCGAUUCUGACAUAUACCCGAUGCGUGCGAUGUGUCAUGGAUAACAGUGUACAAAAUCACGCAUAGGUGUGUCGUAAGUGCACGUCCCAUGUCAUUUAUUAAACCG